AACACUCAAUGUAUGCAUGCAUGUGUUCGAUUUGAUCAAAUCAAAAUGUUUUCAUUUCGAAGCGUGCUUUUUUCCCAUCAGACGACAUGAAAGAAACGGUGGAAAGUGCUGUUCUUGAAAAAUUUCAUCGUGCUCAAGAAUUAUCAUCGAUUCUGAAGAAGGAUAGUGAAGAACAAACAAAUCAAGAUGUAAAACGACAAGCUGAAGAAGUAUUAGAUGAAUUUGAUGACAUACAAAAACAACGUCAGAAUAAUCUGAAGAAGACAAAGAAACAAUUCAAAAAACAACAACAGCAAAAUAAACAAGAAUCCGAACCAACGAACAAAGAGAGAAAAUCCGAAAAAGCUCUUGCAUAUUUAAAACAAUGGAAAAAACAUCGUGAUGAUUGGAAAUUUAAAAAAAUUCUACAUAUUUGGUUAUUGAAAAAUUGGAAAGAUUUAGAUAAAUUUCCCGAUAAACGAUUUAAAAUUUUUCUCAAAUAUCUUCAUGCACAAAAUAGCCAUAGCCAUGCUUUAUUAAGAAUUCGGCAAGAAGCCCAACAAAUGAUUGAUGAUGAAUCCAUAGAAGAAUCGAUUCGUGAACGUUCACGAUCCAUAUUACAAUGGUUGCCAUAAAUUCAUGUUGUGGUGACGGACCAUCUUUUUUCAUCGAUGCAAAUUUUUCCUUUACACUUGUAAUCAUAUAUUUCAUUUGUUUAGUGAUCAUUUUUUGUAUACUCGCAAGACGUAAUUAAAAAAUUUUUUAUUCAA